AUGGCCAAGAAUUCUGACCUCAUGAGAGCGGAUGACGGCGGGCUGGAUCACGACGAUCUCUCCCACCUCACAAACCUCCCCUCCUCAUCCAUAAAAUCAGGGCCCGUCAUCCUCGCAGGCAAUGCCCUCCAGCUCCAGCUCGACGACUUAGACGACCCCGUGUCCUUUGCAUACGGCGCCGACACCGUUACCGUCUCCCCCUACAUCUCGUCCCCCGAGUCGAGCCCACCGCGCGCUUAUGACGCCCGCACCCACGACCCCGAACACGGGCAGAUAGACGAUCCGUCCUCUCACACAGCGUCAGCUCAUAUCCCGCGCCCGCUCGCUGCCCGCGUCCGCUUCCGCUCGCGCGUGCGCAUUACUUCGGGGCUGCACCGCCAUCGCGAACGCACGGGCUCCAUCGACGACUCGUCGGGCUCGGGCUCGCCCUCCUCCUCGAUAUCCGCGCCGCUGCGGUACAACGCGGGCGAGUCGACGGUCCGCGGCCCGCUCGCGCAGCGCCUCUCGCUCCUCGCCUCGAAUGCCUGGCACAGGCGGCAGUUCGUGCAAGCUGAGUAUGACGCGAGCGGCGGGCAAGGGGCCAGUCUGCGUGCUGAUGCGAACGCGAGUGAGCGCACGCCGCUGAUGCGCGGGAAGUCUUCGCCCGGGUACGGUGCAGGGCAGAGGCACGCACGGCGACACCGUGUGAUGCGCCAAGGAGACGACCAAGACGAGGAGUCGUCUGCUGAGGUGCGCAGUGGCGGCGCCAUCACGUUCGGUAGGUGGCCGUGGAGGGCGUUCGAUAGACAUUGGUGGUGGUGGCAGAUGGAGACGACGCUCUGCUGCUGCUGUUUGGACGAGUCCGACGUGGAGGAUGGAUGA